AUGUCUACCACUGCCAGGCGCAACCCGGUUUGGGGUCUUGUGGAAGAGGCGAUGGAAAACUACAACCACAUCGACAGACCCGCCUCCCCACAGUACGCCUCCGCCAACUCCUCUGUCAGGCGUAACCCGGUCUGGGGUCUCGUGGAAGAGGCGAUGGAAAACUACACACAUAUCGACCGACCCUUUGAGGCACCACCAGGAGCUCGGGGACCCCAAGCAUGGCCAUAUAUCGAGCCGCCAUCAACUGACGAGGACUCUCUGGCUUCCAAUGCACAUUCAAUGGGUCCACAGGAAUACCCCACCACAAGCGAUUCGGCACAAUCACCAUGGCCAAAAGAUUACUCGACCCCUGGUAGAGAUCUUACCAAGGCGAUCAUCAGCGCCAGUCAAGGAGAUAAAGACGCUCAGGUCGCCCUUGGUGACAUGUACAAGGAGGGUCUGGGAGUGUAUCAAGACUACCAAUCGGCAAUGGAUUGGUACCUCAAGGCUAGCGAACAAGGGGAUGCAGUUGGUCAGCGAAAGGUCGGGAUGAUGUACAGUCUCGGUCUCGGUGUCUCACAGGAUUACUCGGCAGCGUUGGAAUGGUACCUCAAGGCGGCCAAUCAAGGCAACGCGGCGGCUCAGUGUAACAUCGGCGCCUUGUACGAGCAAGGGCAAGGCGUUCCCCAGGACUACUCCCACGCGAUGAUUUGGUUUCGCAAGGCAGCCGACCAAGGGCUCGCCCGGGCUCAAUCCAACAUUGGUGGCCUAUAUGAUCUUGGUCAAGGGGUUUCCCAAGACUUUGCCCAGGCGAUGGAAUGGUACCUCAAAGCCGCAAACCAAGGCGAUACAGUCUGUCAGCGGAAGGUCGGGAUGAUGUAUAACCUCGGUCUCGGUGUCUCACAGGACUAUAUGACAGCAUUGGAAUGGUAUCUCAAGGCGGCCAACCAAGGCAAUGCAGCAGCUCAGUGCAACAUCGGUGUCUUGUACGAACAAGGGCAAGGCGUUCCUCAGGACUACUCCCAAGCGAUGGUCUGGUUUCGCAAGGCAGCCGAUCAAGGACUCUCACAGGCUCAAUGCCACAUCGGUGUCUUGUACGAGCUUGGCCAAGGUGUACCCCAGGACGUUUUCAAGGCAAAGGACUGGUACCUCAAGGCUGCCGAACAAGGAUAUCCACGAGCUCAAUUCAACAUUGGUACUUUGUACGAACAAGGACGAGGUGUGCCCCAGGACCGCGACCAAGCAAUAGAUUGGUAUUUUAAGGCCGCCACCCAAGGACACUGGAAUGCGAAGACACAGUUGGAGAACCUGGAGAGAAAGGAUGCCAGUAUUUUGUAG